GCAUGCUGAUCAAACAACCGAUUCGGGGCUCGUACGGUCGGUAUUGACAGUCAUAUAGGUUGAUUUUGGUUUGAGAUGGUCGUAUAUAAUGUCCGUGAGGCCUCCAGCAAUUUGACGCACACCAUUGAAAACACCCCUCAGUCCCCCAAAUCCGAAUUAGCCACAUUUUUAGUAUGAUGAUAGUCAAUGAGAAAAGAAGCCACCAACCAAAGCCACCCAAACUAAGGUCAGCUUGCAACCCAUGCAAUGCCGCAAAGGUCAAAUGUAGCGGGGAGCUGACCGGUUGUACCCGCUGUCAAGACUUCGGCACUAAGUGUAUAUACGUCGAGUCAAGAGUCGGCAAGGUUCAAGGUGUACGGGCGAGACGAAGAAGGUCGGAACAGAAACCUGUGUCAUCCGCCGAUGUUCCUUGUCCAAGGACUGUGGACAAUUCUAUUCGAGUCGAGAGGAGCAACGAAGCCCAUACUGAAUCACCACAAGCAUCGCCGCAGAGAUCCAACGCCACCCCCAACUCACUUGACCGAGCGCUACAUGGUUGGUCUCCAGAACCAUGGCAUUCGGAAAUCUGGGAUGAUAGUGGUCUUGAUCUUAGUGGUGUCAAUCGAAAUUUCCCUACAACAUCAUCGGAUUUCGCUGAGUCCGUGAAUGCAGUAGAUGCAAUGGUCUUGUCCGCCGACAACAGCACAGCUAGUUUCAAUCUCGCUUCCUAUUUGGAUAAUACCCAUUUCGAUGGCUCUGUCACGGAUACCGGCGUCGGAGGUCCUAAUUCCAGCAUUGCGGAAAACGCCCAAGAAACUGCGCGUUCCCCUCCCACCGAACGUACCCUAGAUUCUUUUUCCAAUCCUGCGACCAACACGACAUCACAGCAACAUCCUGCAUCAGUUUCUGCAGAAACAAAUCGAGGCACUCGUACGCUGGAGAGCAUAUGUGUACUGCAAUGUACAAAGAUCGUCAUGGCGCUGGAGAAUUACCUACUUCAUGAACUGAAAGUCUUUGACCUCAUUUUGGGAACAGUUCGCUCCGCUACCGACGAGGUGACUAAGAUCAUACAGCAUCAAGAAGGGUCACGGUCUGAUCGCUGUAUCUUCCUACUUCUCACCAUCAUGUCACAGCUGGUAGCCUUGCUCGAAAUCGGUUCCAGAGUAACACAGGAAGAAGAACCUCAAAAUCAGGCAGGCUUUGCGGGUAAACCUCUGGGAAGUGCGUCAAAUUUCGGCUUCAGCGCAUUUGAUUUAGAUCCCGAGGAACAAAAAGACUGGCAAAUCCGCAAAAUCCGUCGAGAAUGUCAACACAUCCGGCAGAUGCUAGGGAAAAUAACUGUUCUCGCGAUUUCCGGCGCUGAGGGCAUAGAUCAAACCACUUCUCUUCAACGCGAAGAGAGAUCAGCAUGUUUCAGAGGGAUUGAGUACCGGCUGAAGGCUUUGUGUGAGGCUACGGGUGAGUAUUCGAUGUGA